CUCGCUCUCUCUCUCUCUCGCUCUCCUCUGUCGGCCUCUGCGGUUGGAAUAGGAUGCGAGGUCAGGCGAGUUGCAUCAGCUUGCUUUUUGCUUCCUGCUGAGUAAAGACCCUCCGCUUUUGUUGUGUUUGCAGGUUUGUCUCAGAGGUUGUUUUUUUUUUUAUAUUAUGAUUAUUAUUAUUAUUAUUAAAAUGUCUGAAUGAUGAAACACUCUCAGAAUAAAUGGCUGUCGCCAACAAAUGAUUUGAAUUAGCGGGUGAUAAUGAUUUGUAGUCAUUACUAAUCAUUAAUAUGAAAAUCGGUCAUUUUCAACCAGUUUGUCAGGGUUAAUUGUGAUGAAUUUAUAACUGGGUUAUUGUUAGAAAUUAGAGGUGGAAAUGCUCCACUUGUCCUCCUCUUGUCAUUGACAAACAUCUGUAUCUAUUCAUCCUCGGCUACAACACAGCUUCACAUGUUUAGUCAUUUAUUGUCAAACAAAAUGAUAAUGGGUUUUGGCAGCUAAUUAAUUUUGGUAUACCCUUUGUUUAAAUCUGUUCAGGAAAUAUGAAUUUAUUUAGUUGCUUCUAAUUGUGCGAAAUAACACAUUAACCACUAAAUCGUGAGAGUUUGUUUGGGAUAUUUUAAGUUUAAAUAAAAAAGAAAGAAGAAAAUGUGAAGUAAGGUUAUUCAAGGAUUCAAUAACACUACAUAAACCCAUGCAAGUACUUUAAUGUGUUAUUCGAUGAGUGCAUAAGGUUCUUAUUCACCAGACAUGUAGGAAUUGAAAAGGGUGACACUGACCUUUACUAAUACUGUGACCAAAAAAAGAAGAACUUUUGUCAUUUUAAAAGACAAUAUGAAACCGGAAAGCAAAGGUCAUUGUAACGUAAUGAUUAUUUCACGAAGGUCUCUGACAUUUUUAGCUCAUUUUCCAAGCAAUGCCUUUUUAUUUGGAACAAUUUUCGAUUAUUCUUGUUCCUCUGAAAGAAACAAAAAGAAAAGAAAAAAGCUCCUUUAAGUACCUGCAAUCAAAAUGUACUUACAGAAAGUUUAGAGCGAAGUUAAAGCCGACAUUUCCCCCAAGCUGAACCUGAUUUUUUAGAUUUGUGUGUUUACUUAAAUGUUUUAUCAUCAUAAUCAGCUGUUUCUUAGUUAACUGACUAGAAAUACAAACUUUCAGUGGCCUAAAGGCUUUUUGCGAAAACAUCCCUUUAGUACAAAUCUUAUAAGUCAAACAGUUUUGAUGAUUUAAAGAGUCUCUGCACUCCUGUAGAACAAACUGUAGAGUAACGGCAGCAGCACUUGCUUACUGUUGCACUGUGGUUUCUGUCAGCAUGCAGACAGAGUGCCUAUUUGUUUGCCAAGACACUGACAUGUGUAGUUUUUUUUUUUCACCCUGACAGUCUCCGAGAUUCAGGUUUCUGUUGAAGAAUGACCUAUUAAUGAACCAUCACCUCUAACCAUUGUUACAACAACACACACACACACACACAAAGAAGCUGACACCAUCACAUUUUAAAGCACAGCAAGUUUCAGAUUUAAGAGUGCCUGAGAAAUUAUUUCACCACUCAAGCUUGGAGUGGGGAACAACAGCAGCAGCAUGGCAAAACUGCCUCAGCUGUGUUUGCUUCUUUUGUUUGCAGGCCAAGUACCAGGUCAGUCUGAAUACGAGUCAGCCGUGUUAGAAAAUGCGUCGGCUUUUGUCUAAACUGUCACACAGGUUCAUUUACUAGCGUUUAACCGUCUCUGUUGAGCUUGUCAGAUACAUCAUUUUUUGAAAGAAACAAUAUAUUUUCAUAUAUGUCGUGCAAUGUAGACACGACAUGCUGCUAAUCGGUACAAAAGCAGACGGUAGACAGAUGCGUCCUGUUUUUGGACUGUUAUUUCUGUGUUUGCUGGUCUUCUUUGUCAUCUGCGGUCCUGUUUGUGAGCAAAUUAGUGCUUUGCUUAUCUUAUCUGCAGUAUUUCAUCAUCACACUAAAAAUGAUCACUUCAUCACACUGCAAUCAAACAGAUAGUCCAAAGCUUUUGAAAUCUUUUGUACUCGAGUGCAUCUGUAUUAGUGUUUUCACAGUCUUUUUAAAAACAGCAUUUUGUGUUUGGCGAGGUUUAUCACAUUGAGUGAAGUGAAUGGUUUGGCGGAUAUAAAAUUAUACCCAAUUGGCUAUGAAUUUAGUUUUUUCUGGUUCUUUUCGUUUCUGGUUGCCUUUGUCUGGAAAGCCUUGUUCCCAACUGCAUAAUAUACAAAAGUAUUUGUAGUUGACCUGCAGGUCUGCUCUGCACUUUUUAAAAGUUCCUUGUAUGACACAUUGUAUUAAUGGCUCUGUCUUUAGCCCUGACAGCGACCCCAGAGGGACUGAGAGUUAGACAGUACCCACCCUCGCUCAGUGUGAUGCGGGGUGAAACAGCAACCCUGUCCUGUCAUUUCAAAGUUGAAUCCCUCAAGUAUGGGGUUCAGUGGUUCAAAAUGAAGUCGGAAAAGCAGCUCAUCCGAAACUCAUCCAGGCAGAACAUUCUGAUGAAAAAUCAAACCUCCUCCCUGGUGAUCGCUGAGGUAGCACCACAGGAUUCUGGGUGGUAUUACUGCGAGGUGAACGUCCUGCAGAAAGACCCAGAGUGGGGCAACGGCACCGAGCUGGUCAUCUUAGCACCACCUUCUGCUCCCCAAAUUUACCUCCAGAUUCCCCCGGAUCCACACGCCGGUCAGUGGGCUCUCCUCUGUCUCACCGGGGGAUUUCACCCCAGAGAGCUAACCCUCACCUGGACCCACCAGAGCACUGCAACCAAUAUCGAUCGCCCGUCAGUCACCAAUUGCACCCUUCCUGCAGCCACCUCUCACGGUAACCUCUCUGAGCACUGGACUGACGGAGCCCUGCUGUCUUUAGAUUGGUUGGUGAACUUAACAGUGAGUCAGCCAAAGUGUUUCCAGGUGAUUGACAACCACAGCCAGGAAGCUUACCUCUUCAGUGUGUUUUUCCUCCCGCUGAAACAGUCUUUGGACGCGGGAGUUACUUACACAUGUGGGGUCCAGGACCACCCUGCCAUGAGCACGGCUCUGACUGCUUCCUUCACUUGGGACACUUCCCCUAACGAGCUGAUUGGAUACUUGAAUAUUCUCAAGAUGUGUUUCCUCUCUGCGAUGACAGUCGUGUUUUCAUUGGAAGCAGUCAAACAUUUCUACCUGCGGGGAAAAUGAUGUCGGCCACGAAACACAAAAUGAAAUACGAGAGCGAGAGAGAGAGAAAACAAAAAAAGAGACCCGCUCAUCUCAGAAGACCAACCUUUGACAAACAACAUCACACAAAUCAGGAGUCAUUGCUGAAAGAUGAGGACGCGUUCUCAUUUAACAUUUGAUAUUUGAAACAUUCUGCAAUAUUUAAACCUCCUGCUCUAUAUUCUUCUUGGCUUUAACGUACUUUUACACCCUCUAAACAUUGAUGCAAUGCCAAUUUCUUUCUGCACAUCAGCCGUCUCUCUCUGUAACUCUAUCGCUGUAGCGUGCUUUUUUGGAUUUGCUCAUUGUGUCAGUGUGGCUGGUAGUCCGCACAUCUUAGUCAUUCACUCAAGUCUGUGUGUCAGAACGAAUACUUCAUGCAUGAUCCACCUUGUCAAACAGAUACAGUGAUCAGCUCAACCACCAGGGAAGGCCUAAUCCUCACAAAACAGGAUUACGGUCGAUGCCAGCCUUUUUUUGCUUGUGUGAUGCCAUUGUUUAUGUGUGCGGCGUGUGGAGUGAGAUCUUGAUUCACGUGUCGGAGGAAGUUCAUUUUAAAAUUUAUGCCCGCCCACACUGCCAAGACUGCCAAAUGCCAGCAAUAAUGACCAUUAAAUUUAGAGCAAGAUGAGGAAUAUAUAAUAUAACCAGAUUAGUGAUGUCAAAAAAGGCUUUUUCCUGCUCAAUAGCUUUGCUAUUGCUCACACAUAAUCCUCAUUUUUUUUAAUUUUAAACCAUUUUUAUGAAAGUCAUUAUAUAAGAUAUCGUGAUAAACUAAAUUCUGUUUUGUAUUUGCAUGACAGGUUAACGUUCGUCACUCCUUAUCCUUAUCUCUCUCACGCACACAAACGCACCUUGUGCCUCGCUGUCAAUAAUGACAUUAACGUUUGUUUAUGAAAACAGUGUGUCGUGGUCAGUUUCCUUCCUUCCUCUUUUCACGUAUGCUCACGCACGCACACAAACAAUCCGCAGCCUGUACAAAAUAAUACAUUAGUCAUGAAUUCUGUAAAAUACGUUUAUAUGAGUUGCAUAUGAAAAUAUUGUUCUGUGUUAUGUAAUUACAAUCCCUGCCACUCUUACUAUAUACAUGCUACUUUAGUACCACAUACACUCACGGGCCACUUCAUUAGGUACACUUGUACGAUCUAAUGUGAUCAAAUCAAACAGAUCUGAUAUAAAUAGGCAUUUUAAAUUAAUAAUUCAACAAUAUAUCAUUAUCUUUAUCAUUACUCAGGUUGUAGUUUGCUGUGUCGGACUGCAUUGUGUUGAAAGGUGUUUCGGAUAUUAUGGCCACCGUGUUUACACACAUGAGACGGCCAUAAUGUUUUAAUAAUUUUACAAUCACCACCCACUACAACCUCAGUUAUAAAGUAAAUUUAUGACCUUUCUGACAGUGUCAACAACAACUGACAAAUUGUAAAGUUCAUAAAAGUGUCAAUUCAUGGCAGGGUUGUUGUAUUGCAUCAUAUACCUAAUGAAAUGGCCAAUAGGUGUAUGUCACAUGACAUAUACAACAUCUGCUUCCAGUCAAAUAACAUGAAUAAAAAGUGCUGUUAACAAAAGUCUGCGUGAGAAUGGUCAUAUACUCAUGAGAAGCAAAGAAUACAAAGUCAUUUUAUACACACUCGAACCUUCUUUCACAUCUCGCACUUCGCAGUUCUCUCGUUAUUAUUUUUUUCUUUUUCCACAAUAUGUGACAACAAUGGGCACGUUGCUACAAACAGA